GUGACGUGAUUGAUGUAAGGUCAAGCAUUUUCGGUGCAGAUGCACACCCCCACCACCUUACCGACUGCUUUCCUAGAGAGGUAAAGUGAAUUGUUCGCUUCCCCAACUCGCUGGCCCUAAAGCCGAUGAUCCCCGGUUUUCGGCGGCCUUGUCUAAUUCUACUUACUUCGUAUGCCCGGCCGCCGAUGACGAAGUCGGUAUUUCCGCUGGAUGCGGCUGACCGCCAACCAAGAUUAUUCAAUCUUAUGGUUUUCAUGUUGACGUCUUCGGAGUCACUUUAAUUGUCCGUACAGAAGCAUCAUGAUGGAUGCGGCUCACAACAACGCGCCUCCUGGGCCUGACCCGGCGGCGAGCUGGAGGGCCGAUGGUUCAGUGGAUCAUCUUCAACCUGCCGAGUCCGAGCUUCAGAUUGAUCCGGCCCUUGAGCGACGUGUUGUGAGAAAAAUAGACCUUCGUCUGAUUCCACUUGUUACAGCUUUAUACCUAGUCGCGUUCCUGGAUAGGUCCAACAUUGGAAAUGCUCAACUGGCUGGGAUGGGCAAAGACUUGGGUCUUAACGACUACCAAUAUCAAUGGCUUUUGACGAUAUUUUACAUUCCCUAUAUCGUUUUUGAGUGGGCCGCAUUGAUGUGGAAAUUAGUCCCGCCGCAUUGGUGGGCAUUCAUCUGUGUCCUUGUUUGGGGAAUAGCAUCCACGCUACAAGCCACUGCGUACAACUGGUCUGGUUUAUUGGCAAGCCGCUUCUUCCUUGCCACUGCAGAGGCAGCCUUCGCACCUGGUAUUCCGUACUUGCUCUCAUUCUUCUACAAGAGGAACGAGCUGGGACUGCGAUGCGGUCUCUAUGUUUCCGCGGCACCUUUAGCCACAACUUUUGCUGGGGCCCUCGCAUAUGGGAUUACCUCCGGGCAUGCUGCUAUCGCCAACUGGAGGUUGCUCUUUAUUGUCGAAGGUGUUCCUUCCGUUCUGCUCGCAUUCGUAGCGUUCAGAUAUAUGCCCGACUCGGCCGACACAGCUCGCUUUCUGACUAAAGAAGAGAAACAGAUUGCUAAAACCCGGGCACUGCAGCAGACAGGAAGUGAAGGCAGCGCGCGCAUUGGACACAUCGACUGGAAAGACACGUUUCACUCCCUAAAGAAUAUCAAGACGUGGAUACCACCAUUGAUGUACUUUAGCUGCAACGUUUCCUACAGCAGUUUACCUGUUUUUCUCCCAGUUAUUCUGGAGGGCAUGGGUUUCACAGCUAUCAACGCGCAAGGUCUUAGCGCGCCCCCUUAUGUGCUGGCCUUUAUUGUCUGUGUAACGACAACUUGGAUAGCAGACAGGACUCAGCAGCGCGGACUGAUGCUUGUCGUGCUUUCUUUAGUUGGAGGAGUCGGGUACAUCAUUCUUGCCACGUGUGAGAGCACGGGAGUGCGUUAUUUUGCAGUGUUCCUAGCGGCUGCGGGUGUGUUCCCAUGUAUCGCCAAUAUUCUCCCAUGGACGAUCAACAACCAAGGCAGCGAUUCCAAGCGGGGUGCCGCUGUUGCGCUGCUAAACAUCAUAGGUCAAACAGGGCCACUCCUAGGCACGCGACUUUUCCCCAAGCGCGAGCAGCCAUACUAUGUCAAGGGUAUGAGUAUUUGCGCCGCCUUCAUGUUCUUCAAUGCCCUACUCGCCCUCACGCUUCGGUUUUAUCUAGCAUGGGAAAAUAGGACAUUCGAGCGUAGAGACGCGGAAAGUAGGCAAAACGGAAGCAUGUGCAAACCUGGCUCGACGGAGUUCGAAAAUGAGGGCUUUGGAUUCAGGAACGUAUUAUGAUUGAGGGUUUCGAGACAGAGAUAGAGUAGGGCAAGAAGCCAUAUAGCAAUGUGGGCAAUGAGGCCAUAUAUCUUUAUAGUCAGGUCAUGAUGCAGUUCUGAAGUUGGAACUCGUAGUCUGACUCGAUGACGCCUCUGACGCCUCUGACGCCUCGAACCCUUCAAUUAAACUACUGAAACUAGCGGUAGUACUAUCUAUCGGGUACCUGUAAGGCUCAAGUAGCAUUUCUCGUGUGUCUACAUAGUAUGAUGCCCAUGGAAGAACAGCGAGUCAAGAGACUACGGUAGCUCUUCGAUGGCGAGUCGUCGCUGUCCGACUUGGACAUCGGAAAAUAAUGCGUUGUGGGAUGGGGAUGGCUAUUCACCGUCUCGGUACCUAGGAGGUAAUGAUGGGGUUACCUAGCGGUGUGGCGCAUACUUAUCAUACAACAAACACUACCUAGGUACUAACCACGAAGAGGAUAGAGGCGACGACCAAACUAGGUACUACUACGACUUGCCCAUGGAGGAUUACGCUACGUGAAGCAUCGAAUUUCAGAAUUUGUAAGCUAAAACCACAUAUCGUUUGGGCCAUGAUCGGCAUCCAAGUUCACUUGAGCAGGGAACUAGGCAAUCUAGAUGUGGCUGGCUUGGAGGCUUGCUCCGUUUCGACCCCCCAGGCUAUGCCUGUCUAUCUAUCUGUACUUCGUACGGAGAACUGUGUAUGCGAUUCUCGUGCGCGAGGGGAGCAGGC